UUUUAUUGACGAUAGGAGUGAGCGAAAUACCAUUGGAACUUGAGGAUAAUACUAUCAUUCCUUUUGAAAAUAAAUUAAUUGCACCAACUGUUCAUAUUUCUCAUUCAUACAGUUUUAACAUUUCUUGUUUCUUUUACAGCAAUAAAUUAUUGGAAAGUUGCCAACGAUAUAUUACACCAGAAUAUAACAUACAAAUUAAUAAAGAUAAAAGAUUAAUUAGAAAGGCUUUUGCACCGUCAGAAUCAUUUGCAUUCACUCUUCAGGAUGAUGGCAGUCAAGCUUUCGUUCUUCUUGGGAUAAAUUUUACGGAUUCUUUUGAACCUAUGUAUAUUUAUUCAAAAGAUACAACAUUAUGUAGACAAAAACCUUCCUUAGAACAAAAGCAAUAUGAUUUUAUUUUCGAUACUUGUAUGAAGAAUAUAUUUGCUUUAGGAAUGAGAAAAUUUAAAUUAGUAUAUUCCCAAGAAGUUAAAAAAAUGAUUGUUCCUUCACUCUUAAAUAUUUUUGGUUUUACACCAGAAAGUUACUAUAAUGAUAUACCUUAUGUCAUAUCAAAAUUAG